AUGACGAAGCGCACCAAGAAGGUCGGAAUCACCGGAAAAUACGGCACGCGCUACGGUGCCUCGCUCCGAAAGCAGGUCAAGAAGAUCGAAAUCUCCCAGCAUGCACGAUACACCUGCACCUUCUGCGGAAAGGUCACCGUCAAGCGCGAAUCUGUUGGCAUCUGGAACUGCAAGUCAUGCGGCAAGACCGUAGCAGGAGGAGCAUACACCGUCUCUACCCCAGCUGCUGCUGCGACUCGCUCGACCAUCAGACGUCUGCGCGAGAUUGCUGAGGUUUAA